CCUCUCGCCGCCUCGCACACUCCACCACCUCUCUCACCCACACCACCACACGCCAGCCAUGACGAACUUCAAGGUCGGAGACACAGUGUCGCUCACCAUCGGCGGCGGCAGCUUCGAGGGCACGAUCCAGGACCUGCACCAGCAGGCGUCCGGCACCGAGGCCGCCACGAUCAAGUACCACACCAAGGAGGGCGUCGACCACGAGCAGACGGGCGCCUACAAGACGGUCAGCCGCGCCCUCGAGAAGCUCACGCUCGUCAAGCACAACAAGUGAGCGUCUCGUGCCGUCGUCGUCGCCGGUGUCGCCACUGCCAAGCCCGUGACACACCGCCGCACCUUGAUCCCCAUCCCUGUCUGCC